CAUUUGCCAUUGCGCUUGCCGUAGACUUGUGGGAGUUUAUGUAAAAUCAUGAUGGCGGCGGCCUGUGCGAGAAAGCUUAGUAAGGUCGGCCGGUUAGUUUUAGACACGCCGACAUGCCGGGUAACAAACACCGCAGCAUUAAUGCCGAGAAUCUCCAUGAGAUGCCAAGGAAGAGCUUACGGUACCGGCGGAGCAGGAUUUAGAUCCAGACUUUCGCUCGCUGCGCCGGUGCGUGGCAGUGGGAGAGUCCUGGGAUGCGCUUUCCUGCUCGGUGGUGGUUUCGGCUUGUACCAGACCGUCAAACUCACGCUACAGCGUCACCUUGCAGAGGAAAAAUCUAAUGCUCCUGAGCUGGGGACAGAUCUGAAGUUGACUCUGUAUCAGUAUAAAACCUGUCCGUUUUGCAGCAAAGUGCGAGCCUUCCUGGAUUAUCAUGGUCUGCCAUAUGAAAUUGUGGAGGUCAAUCCCGUUAUGCGACAGGAGAUCAAGUGGUCCACUUAUAGAAAAGUUCCCAUCCUGAUGGUGAACGAGACGGUGCAACUCAACGAUUCUUCUGUAAUAGUUAGUGUUUUGAAGACAUACGUGGUCAACAAGGAAAAAAUUAUAUCUGAGAUUCUCGCUUGUUAUCCUGAGAUGAAGGCAAAAAAUGACAGUGGAAAAGAUGUGAUAGAGUUUGGCAAUAAAUACUGGGUCAUGGUGCGAGACACAGAUGCUGAUCAUCUAUAUCCUGGAAAAGACACCAGAAAAGAGGAGAUUAAAUGGCGGAAAUGGGCAGAUGAGUGGCUGGUGCACCUAAUUUCCCCAAAUGUUUACCGUACACCGACUGAAGCCCUUGCAUCCUUUGACUACAUAGUACGAGAAGGCAAAUUUGGCACAUUUGAAGGAUUCUUUGCGAAGUAUUUUGGAGCUGCUGCCAUGUGGAUAAUUUCAAAGAGAUUGAAAAAUAAACACCAUCUGCAAGAUGAUGUGAGACAGGAUCUCUACAAGGCUGUCAAUGAUUGGGUGGCAGCCAUUGGAAAAAACAAGAAAUUCAUGGGAGGUGAUCAACCCAACCUUGCAGAUCUGGCCGUGUUUGGUGUUCUGAGGGUUAUGGAAGGCCUUCAGGCAUUUGAUGAUAUGAUGGAAAAUACCCAGGUGAAGAACUGGUACCGACGUGUGCAGAAGGCCACACAAGGAGUGUCAUAAAAUCAAAGCUUCUGUCAUCGCUGCACCAACUUGAAGCACUUGAUACCACAGCACAUCUUUAAAAAACAAACUUGAUGCCAUCUAAUGGUAGUCUACUGGUUUUGCAAAUCUUAAAAGACUUAACUUUUGUCCAGCAAUUGAACUGGCUUUGCUUGGACCGUAACCAUGGAGCUAAGAAUUUAAUUAGAAGAGAUAAAAGAAAAAAAAACAUGCCCAAAUACCAUAGAAUGCCCCCCCCCAUGAUUUGUUUUACUACUAAACGGAAUUUAUGUAUUUCUCUCAUAGUGUUUUCUUUUACUUUGUGAAGCAAAGCGCAACCUGAACCAAAUGCUAUUUAAAGUAAAACAACCUCAUAUAAUCUGUAGAGAUUGUGAAUGGGUUUUAGGAUUGUUCUGAAAUCAUCCAAUUUUUUCCCAUCUUUGUGAACUAGCUUGAAGCUUGAAAUCAGGUUAUCUACAAAUUUAUAAUCUAGUGAUUUAGUCUUUUUUCAACAAAUGAAUUAUUUAUUUUUUACACCAGUUACUGUUUCUUGUUGUUUUGAAUUUUUUUUUGUUCCUUUUGUAAUAUUGAAGUGCUGCCGCCCUCAUCAUGUGGUGUUCAGGUUAUGAGCUCAGCCCUGAUAGAUCAUGUAGAUGCUUACAUCUACCUCAGUUUUUUGGCUUACUGUUCUCUGUUCAUAAAUGUCCAAUCUGAGGCUUGAAGCUGUGGUUUACUGAAUGUUCAUAUUAAUGUGUUUCAUCCUUGGGUUCUCAAGGGGUUUAACUUAAAAUGUGAUCUUACUGAGUAAUGGUUAUGUGAAAGUUGCUUUGGACAUUUGGAGCGUCCAGUUAACGAAUAACUUUUGCCUAUGCAUCAUCUUUUGAUGACAAAAGUGAUAAAUAUUUGUCAAUGAAAUAAAUUAAAAAUCUCAAGCAGA